AUGUUGACAUUGUUAGGUCGUACAUCUGAAUUCUUAAUAUAUGGACAAUGGCAACAGCGAAACGCAAUUAUUGAGGCCACCCGAUUAUUAGAAAAUGAAAUAUGUAAACAUAAAAAUGGUGAGUUGUUGAUUGGAGAAGCGUCCGAUAGUCUAAAGACCCCUAAACAAUUCAAGGAUAAGGCGAAGAAAUGGCAAAAUUUUGUGACUCAGGCCAAAGCCUCAGGAAGAACUUCUGCAGAAUUUCGUGAAUUGGGCAAUGAAAUAGGAGCAGAAAUUCUUGAGAAUUACAGUAACAUAUUAAAAUCAUGUAAUGCUCUGGAUUAUCAUGACUUGAUCAGCUGUUCUGUGAAGCUACUCACUGAUUUUCCUGAAGUUUUCAGAGAAAGUCAGGAUUCAUGGAAAGCUGUUGUCAUAGAUGAGUUCCAAGAUACUAGUGCCAUGCAAUACAAGUUUCUAAAAAUUCUUGGAUCCCAUAAUAAAAUAACAAUUAUUGGUGACGAUGAUCAGUCCAUUUUCAGUUUCAAUGGAGCUAACAUUUCCGGAUUUAUUUCCUUUCGUAAUGAUUUUCCAAACUACAAAGAGAUCAGGCUUAACAAAAACUAUAGGUCCACACGUUACAUUGUCGAGGCUGCAUCUGCACUUAUUCAAAAUAAUGCCAAGCGAUGUCAGUUGAAGAAUGUUCUUACUGAUAACUCAAUUGGAUCAAAGAUAGUUAUGAAGGAGUGUCACAAUGAGGAUGCACAAUGUGCAUUUAUUGUUGACAAAAUCUCAGAAAUUUUAUCUAAUCGUUCAGCAGAUAACUGUUCGUAUGGAAACAUUGCAAUUCUCUACCGUAGGCGGGUAUCAGGGAAAGCCUUCCAAAUGGCUUUUCGGGAUAGGAAAAUACCGUUUAACAUUCAUGGUGUGGCAUUUUACAGAAAAAAGGUAGUCAAAACUAUCAUUGCUAUGCUUCGAACAGCACUGCCUGGGUGUGAUGAUGACUCAUAUAGUAGAGUCUUCAAGGCUUUACUUCCUUUCGAGAAGGAUAUGAAAAAGAGGGUAAUUGACCAUAUCAGCAAAAUUUCAACUAAUAGAAAAUGCAGUUUCUUAUCAGCUGCCUGUGACAUCUUUAAUGCAAAGAUUUCUGGUACUUUUAAAAGGAGUGAGCUUACCCACGGAAGGAAGACUUUAAUGACACUUGAGAUCAUAUCAAAACUUGUUCACAGGGAAAAUUCAAUUUCAACUAUCAUAACUUCUGUGGCAAACAUGAUACCUGAGAAGUACCUUCUUGAGCAACGGGCAACUGUUGAUGUUGAUGGAGGGACAUUGUUGAAUGAAGACUAUGACAUCAGAUCUGUUCUUCAAUACCUAUUAGAUGAUGUAUCUGAGUUUUUGUCUACCAAAUUCAUUGAGGUAAGAGGGGAAAAGGAAAUGUCAGAAGAUAAAGGCGGCAUUUUUGUGCUAAAAUCAUUCAUUGAUUAUUUAUUUGAGCGUGAGAAAGAAAAUUUCCGUGCUCGGAGGAAGGACAAUGAUAAUUCUGUGACAUUGACAACCAUUCAUCAGGCAAAAGGUUUAGAGUGGGACAUUGUCUUCAUAGUUAAGGCAAAUGAAUCUGAGAUUCCUCUAUUACAUGAAUACAAAGGUGUUGUGAAGGACACCGCGGCCAUAGUUGAGGAAGAAAGACGUUUACUAUAUGUUGCAAUGACUCGUGCUCGGCAGAAGCUUUUUAUUCUCUAUGUUACGGUGGACUCAAAUUGGCAGAUGCUUCAACCUUCCCGAUUUCUGAAAGAAAUCCCUCAUCAACUUCUAGAGUUUCAGGGUGAAAUAAAUAUGCAAGAACUACAAAUAAAGCGAGAAGGUCAUCAAAAGGAAACUACCAAUUGUACCACUGAUUUGUUGAUUAAAAAGCAACAAUCUGAGGCUGAUCUGGUCCCUGUGCCAAAUGACUUGCUCAACUAUCAUUUUAGUGAGGCUUCCAAUGAGCUUGCAGAGUUUGCAGAGGCGAACAAUGGCAAUGAUUUCAUAAGAAGAUUCAAUGUAGAAGAGAGAUCUGUUGUUUCCCAUAUAUUCCAUAAAUGGGCCAAAAAGAAAGCAUUUCAAGAUCCAAAGAGGUUGCUAGAUAAGGUUGGUUUUGUAAUUGAUGAACGCCUUAGACAGAAGAAGAACAAACACAAGGAUUUGUUGAAUUCUCUAAAAUCCUGCUUAAGGUGUGACGAAGCAACGCAGUAUGCUCAAUAUGUAUUGAGAUGGGAACAAAUUCCAGCUGAUAAACGUGCUCAUCUGAUGAGGGAAAAACAGGAGCAUUUCUUGAAAUUAAAGAUGGAGAAUGCAAUGGGUUCGGCUGCACCAACUGAUAAGCAGCUCUCGUAUUUGAAGAAAUUGGGGUGCACCGUGACCCCUACAUCUCGCCUUCAUGCAUCUCAACUUAUUGAGCAAUACAAAUCAUUGUAA